CCCUCCCCCGUUCCCGGCGCGGGCGGCGGGCGACAGGGACGUCGGCCGAGAAGCUCAGGAGGAGGCGCCUCGUCAGAUUGGAGGCGCCGGCGCAGCAGGCGGUGCCGCGGGGGUCGGCGCCGCGCCACGUCCUCGACCGCCCGCUGGGGCGGCGGAGGAGUAUGGCGGAGGAGAAGUUCCCCAACCUGGCGUCCCUGUUCGGCCAGGGCGGCCACGGGGAGCGCGGGCGCGAGCCCUCCGCGCCCUCGGCGGGCCGCGGGUACGGCGGGAGAGGCGGCGCCGAGGAGCGCGCGGGCUUGAUGAGCCAACAGGAUGCUCAUUGCGCCAGUGCCCUCGACGCCGCCGAGCUGCGUACCGCCGCCUCCGCGCCGGCGCUGGUGGGCCCAGCGCCGACGGCGCUCGGGGCCCGGUCGGGAGCCUCCGCGGGAGGCGCGCCGCCGGGCGACGAGCGGCACGCCAGCCCCCCGCGCGACGCCGAGCGGCCGCGCCCCGGUGCGCUCGCCGCUGCCGCGAGCCAGGGCGACGCCGCGCCCCUGCGCCCCGCGUCGACGUCCCUCGGCGCGUAG